AUGGCUCCCCAUCGCUUUGCAUCACACCCAGACAGCAGAGGUCGAUGCAGGUCUGCUGGCAGAGUCACAGCAAAAGUUCUGCUCUCCUUCCUUGCCAUCUCGGCCGUUCCUCUGAGCUCAGCCGUCGCCACCGACAAGGCGUCCGAACAGCUCGUCCUUCCCUUACCGCCUUCCGGGCCUAUACUGUCUCCGGAGCCGCCAGCACCGGCCGACCAUGUGUUUACGCUACGCCAUAUCUAUCACCAUGGCACUCAUCAAUACCCCAAACUCCAUCGGAAGAUGGACGUUCAUCAGCGCGACGCUGAGGUAUGGCUCGAUGCCGCAGAUGGCUAUGCCCGUGAGCGGCUUCCGACGCUGCGCGCAAAGAGCCAUGCGUCCUCGAUAGAGCGGCUGGUCGACCGCCGGCCCAGUGUGGUCGACCCGAUGGUAGCGAUGGCGCGAGAGCGUGGCUACGUGGCCGUAUUGUCUCCAGACGCGUGGACGGUGGACAGCGUGUCGUCGCCCAACAUCACGGACAAGGACACGGUGCUGAACAUGGCCUACAUGGCGUCCAACGCCUAUGUCGAGACGCCCGACCUGGCGGACUGGUUCGACGUUGGGAAUCCGUACAACCGCAGCGGUGACUUUGGCUGGGAGGGCGAUGGGCUGCGUGGUCAUGUGUUUGCCGACGAGACCAACUCGACGAUUGUGAUUGGGCUGAAGGGUACGUCGCUCGCCGUAUUCGAUGGCGAGGGCACGACGACCAAUGACAAGGAGAACGACAACCUGUUCUUCAGUUGCUGCUGCGGGCAGCAGGGUCAGUGGACUUAUCGGCAGGUGUGCAACUGUGCCACGGGGACGUAUGCCUGCAACAACACGUGUGUGCGCCAGGCGCUGCACGACGAGAACCGCUACUACAUGGCCGCCCGGGAGCUGUACACCAACAUCACGCAGCUGUACCCUGGCUCGAACGUGUGGCUGACGGGCCAUUCGCUGGGCGGCGCGCUGAGCUCGUUUCUGGGCCUGACGUACGGCCACCCGGCGGUGACAUUCCAGGCCGUUCCGGAGGCGCUUGCAGCCAGCCGUCUCGGCCUGCCGGUGCCACCCGGCGCCGACCCCAACCGGCCACAGUCGCGCCAGCACACGGGCACGUUCCACGUCGGCCACACGGCCGAUCCGAUCUACAUCGGCACGUGCAACGGCGCCACAGCCACGUGCUCGUAUGCCGGGUAUGCGCUGGAGACAGCCUGCCACACGGGCUACGAAUGCGUGUACGACGUGGUGGCCGAUCUGGGCUGGCGCGUCGGCGUGGGGACGCACAAGAUCCACACCGUCAUCAACGACGUGCUGCGCAAGUACGACAGUGUGCCGCAGUGCAAGUUUACGCCCGAGUGCCGCGACUGUGCCGGCUGGAAGAUAUUUGAGAGCAACGGCACCGAGCGCACCACCACGUCAGCGACCUCGUCGUCCACCACGUCGCAGACACGCACACGCACCGAGACCUGCAAGACGCCGGGCUGGUGGGGAUGUCUGGACGAGACGACGACCACCGGUGCCUCAACGGCCACGACGGCCACGACGGCCACGACCACUACGACGUCGAUCGAGGCCACCACCACCGACGAGGCCACCACUACCACAGCCACCACCACGUGCAAGACGCCCGGUCGGUUUUGGGGCUGCAAGGACGACCCGACGCCGCCGGCGACAUCGACGACGACGACGACGACGACAACGCCUCACGCCACCACCACGGCCACGGAGACGUCGUGUGCGACGCCCGGUCGCUUCUGGGGCUGUCUGGACCCGCCGGCUGCGACGAACGCGACCACAGGCGUGCUGACAGCCACAUCAACGCAGCUGGCGCCAACUCACGCAAUCACGGCUCCGCCGGCUGGCGCUCUGCCAACGCAAUCGCCGCCUGUCAAGCCAAAGCACCGAUGUCUGCGGCGGAGCUGGCUCGGCUUCUGCAAAGACUGGGAGAACCUGGACGAACUAUAG